AUGGCUCCCUCGGCCCCGAUCACAGACGGGCUGCGGGCACAGCAGAACCACCCGCUCUGGAACGUAUCGGCUGGAAUCGGCCGGGAAAAAAGACGGAUCAAUGGAAAUUUAGAAAAAGGGGGAGCUAAAAUCAAAAAUCGCCGGCGUGGCUAUGGCUCCAUAUGGAGAUCUCGCUGGUCGUACAUCCGUCAUCCCACAGCAAUUGCUAAGCAGCACGAGGGGCAAUGGGCACAGCAGGCGUCUCGAGUUGUCCGUCUGCAGCGCUUCGGGUAUAACUGCUUUUUCGCCAUCCCGUCCCGAGUCAUGAGACAUCGUGGCGUUGGGCUUCAAAUCCCGACAUGUGCAAAUCCGAUGACUUUGCUGCAACAGGCCUGGGACCGAUGGCCCUCGCCGGAUAUCAAUACCGGAUUCUCGUGGUCCCACACCCAUGUGGCUCGCGUUCUGGCUCUGGGCGUCAAUAUCGCUCCGCGUCGUGCAUGGUGCAUGUGGGAGGGUGAAAUUCAAGGAAAGAAAGACGACACCAAAGGCCGACGGGCGAAGAGCCGCGUUCCACUUCACCAUGAUGCCCGAUCUCUUGAGGUUGCUUUCCGCUUCACUUACCGACACAUCGGUUGUCGGGAUCGGGGGUCUCUAUAUGUCGGUGGCGCUUUGGGCGGAUAA